UUGGACAACACUUAUACACUUGCGGAGUCAUUGCAAAGCACUGCCACUGGAUCCAUUUUACUCAGAAAGUCUAUGCAUCACGUGAUUGAGUUUUCCUCAAGCGCGGCACACAGAAUUUCGAAAGUUAUAAGUUGCGACAACCCCACCUCACACCUAACCCUAACAGAAGAAAAUAAUGGCGCCCUCAUACGAAAACCUCCCCAUCGAUGAUGAUGAAUUCGACGAAUCCCAAAUCGACUUUACUGAUAUCGAAGAACAAUACCAAGUACGCCUAGACGAGGGUCUAGACGCCUUCGUGGUGGUGGAUGGCUUGCCCGUCGUGCCCGAGGACAACCGGGCCAAGCUGGUUAAGUUCCUACUGAGGAAGUUGAACUCGGUGGGAAGGGUGAAGGACGAUGGCGUGUUUAUGCCGCUGAAUGAUGAGGGCAAGACUGAGGGCUAUGCGUUUGUCGAAUACAAUGCCCCAAGUGAGGCUGUUCAGGCUGUUAAGCAACUCCAUGGCACUCCGCUUGACAAGAAACACACCAUGGCCGUCAAUAAGCUCACGGAUAUCGAUCGCUACGGACGCGAAGGUCGCAUCGAGGAGGAGUACUAUCCACCCGAAAUUGAGCCCUUCCAGCAAAAGGAGCAUUUGCGAUCAUGGCUUGGGGAUUCUGACGCACGAGACCAGAUAGUUAUGUUCCGCGGCGACAAGGUCGGUGUGUUCUGGAACGAGAAGGAAGAUGCGCCCGAGGCGGCCGUUGAUCGCGAUAACUGGACCGAGUUCUUUGUGCAGUGGUCACCACAGGGAACAUUCCUCACUUCCAUGCACGCCCAAGGUGUACAGUUGUGGGGGGGCAAGACGUGGAGUCGGCAGAAGCGGUUUGCCCACCCUGGAGUCAAUCUCGUGGAUUUCUCGCCCAGUGAGAAAUACGUUACCACGUGGUCGCAUAAACCUCUUCAGGUUGAUGAGAACCACCCGGUUCCCCAUCUCUCGUUGGAAGAAGAUGGGAAGAACUACAUCAUCUGGGAUAUUGCCACGGGCAAGCCUCUGCGUUCCUUCACUACUAUCGAUGUACCAAGCACUACGGAUGCAGAGGGCAACCCGGUUAAGAAGAAGAUGCAGUGGCCGACGUUCAAGUGGUCUUCAGAUGACAAAUAUGUUGCCCGUAUGACCCAAGGCCAAUCCAUUUCCGUCUACGAACUACCCCGGAUGAACCUGCUCGAGAAGGCUUCUAUCAAGAUUGAGGGUGUGAUGGAUUUCGAGUGGGCUCCUGCAACACCCAAGCGAGACGGCAUCAAAGUCUACGAACAGCUCCUCUGCUACUGGACUCCUGAGCUCGGUAGCAAUCCUGCCAAGGUAGGUCUUAUGUCGAUUCCAUCAAAGGAGAUUGUACGAACUCGCAACCUCUUCAACGUCUCUGAUGCCAAGCUUCAUUGGCAAUCCGAGGCUGCCUACGUUUGCGUCAAAGUCGAUCGCCACUCCAAGUCUAAGAAGUCCAUGGCCACUAACCUGGAAAUCUUCCGAGUCCGGGAAAAGGGUGUACCGGUCGAAGUUGUCGACUCCAUCAAAGACACUGUCAUCAAUUUUGCCUGGGAACCCAAAGGCAACCGCUUCGUCUUGAUCACCACCGGUGAAAUCCCCGCACAGGCCGCGGUCCCCCCAAAGACAUCCGUAUCCUUCUUCUGCCCCGAAAAGGCCAAAGGAAACGUCGUAGGCAACUUCCGACACAUCCGCACCUACGACAAGAAGAACAGCAACGCCAUCUACUGGUCUCCCAAGGGCCGCUUCGUGGUUGUCGCAUCACUGCAAUCUCAGCAAUCCUUCGACCUCGAUUUCUAUGAUCUCAGCUAUGAGAAGCCGAAGGAUGAAAAGGACGAGAAGGACAAGGAUCUAACUGCUAAUCUUCAGCUCAUGAAUACCGCUGAACACUACGGUGUCACGGAUAUUGAGUGGGACCCAACUGGACGUUACGUUGCUACCGUGGCGUCGGCUUUCCGUCACCAUAUGGAAAAUGGCUACCAUCUCUACGACUUCAAAGGCAACCUCCUACGGGAAGAACACAUCGACCGCUUCAAGCAACUGAUCUGGCGACCUCGCCCGCCCACCCUCCUCUCCAAGGAAGAGCAAUCUGAGAUCCGCAAGAACCUGCGAAACUACAGCAAGCUCUUUGACGAACAGGAUCUGGCGAAGAAAAAUACUGCGAAUAGACAGGUGGUGGAGCAGCGCAGGAGGCUGUUACAGGAAUGGCUGGCUUGGAGGGAGAGCAUGAUUGAGAUGUUGAAGGAAGAGGGCGCAGAGAUUGAGUUGAAUGGUGGGAUAGUGAAGAAGGAGGAUGGGGAGACAGAGGAGACGGAGGAGGUCGAGGAGAUUGUCGAGGAGAUUAUUGAGGAGACGGAGGAGGUUAUUGGGUAGGCGUUGGACUGGGCUUGUCUGCCCUGAUGGGACGGGAGAGUGCUAUGGGUAGGUGGCGAGAGUAAGGUCGGGGGACUGUGUGCGUCUGGGGUUCCUGGGCUUUGUACGCGCGCUGCUUGUACAUCCGUCAACUAGCUACCUACUUAGCAGUCGUGAAGGGGACCGGGAUACAUGCAGCUGACUAGAUAGACACUUAGUAUAUAGAAGACGAUG